ACGUGAUACAAUUUGAACUAGAACCAUUCGUUUAUCGGGUGGAGAUGGGUUUAGCGGCACCUUAUUCCGUUGGAACAAGCCUCCCUUCCCUUCAACGCCUUCCUUCCCUGAAACCCCAAAUCUGUAACAAUUAUUCAUCACCUGUUACUGUUAGUUCCCACCGUCAUGCGAAAUGUGCCCUCCAACUUCAACCACAACCACCACCGCCACCACCACCAACUGCAACAGUGGCACCGGACGAGAGCCUCGUGAAGAGAAGAACUGUCAUAGGCCUUCUUGCAUUUGAUGCUGUCCUUGCUUAUUCUUCCUUAAAUUCAUCACCAGCAGCUGAAACUCCUCCAUGUGAAUUUCAAGUCGCACCUUCUGGUCUUGCCUUCUGUGAUAAACUUGUGGGAGCUGGUCCUCAGGCAGUCAAGGGACAACUUAUUAAGGCGCAUUAUGUGGGGAGAUUGGAGAAUGGGAAAGUGUUUGACAGCAGCUAUAAUCGUGGCAAGCCACUAACGUUUCGCGUUGGUGUUGGAGAGGUGAUUAAAGGUUGGGAUGAAGGCAUUAUUGGAGGUGAUGGAGUUCCUCCCAUGCUUGCAGGAGGGAAACGUACCCUGAAGAUUCCUCCAGAACUUGGAUAUGGCUCAAGGGGAGCUGGUUGUCGAGGAGGUUCAUGUAUCAUUCCUCCUGAUUCAGUGCUAUUGUUCGAUGUGGAGUUCGUUAGCCAAGCAUGAUUUUCGAAGCCAUGAGGUGGAAAGUUUCCUUCUUUUCCUUUGGAGUUUAGAGCACAGAUUAUAUAUAGUUGAAAUUUUAAAACAAAUGUUAAAGUUGAAAUUGCUGGAGAAAUUCAUAACUAAGUCAUUAACAUGCUAUUUUAUUGAUUAUCCAACCUUGAUUUCAGUAGCA